GGUCACCUUCCUCACACCCCCCCCCCCCAGGCACCCUCUUGGCUUCUCUGGGGCUUCCCUCCCUCCCAGCCUCCCAGAGCUGGGGCAGGGCUGCCAGUUGGGAAACAGAGAGCAGCAAGGUGCACCUGGCUGGCUGUAGUUACCUUUCCCAGGUGACCCCACCUGACUUCCUCCACUGCUUCAGGAGGGGGCUGUGAGGUCCUCCACUGUGCCUCCGUCUCUUAUGCCUAUAAAUCUCAUCCCUGAAGAAUUAAGGAACAGACUGCCAGGCAGAGAGAAGCCAUCUGGAUUGCUCAGUUUCAGCCCCUCUACCCCCGCCCCUGCCAAGGAAGGGCCCUGGCCAUGGGGCCCUUGGUCCCUUUCCCUGCUCUCACUCCUGGAGGGGGGCUCCUGAAAACUUAAUCACCAGGAGGGUAGGCGAUUCCUUUCCCAGGGAUGAUGUUCCUCUACCAGAAGCAACCCCAGUCAUCCUCCUGGUAGUUCCAAAUAGGCAGAGCUUUUGGAAUAGGGCUACCAAGUGGGGGGGGAAGGGCCUCCCAAAGAUAACAACUGAGGAGGAGGUGAGGAGCAACAACUGCAGGCCUCCCACAAGAAAGAGUGUCCAGAAACAGCAUUGAACCAGGGAUUAUUCUGGAGGAGCCUGAGGGCCUCCAGCUGGCACCCAGGGCUGGAAAGCCAGAGGCUCCGGGCCCAUUUCCUUGACCACUUCCUUGCCCGGGGUGGGUGGGUCCACUGUGCCUUUGAGCUACCUGCCCGUCUGUCAGCAGCACAAGGCACAGAAGCUGGCCUGCCCCGGCCCGUUCUCCGGCCUUGGUCAAAAGCUCUUUAUGCCAGCAGGGCUUCCGGGCUGGCAGUAAAGGCAGUAAGCGGCUCUCGCCUUCACUGCUGGCCUGGGGGGCCCAGGGAAGCCCAGUUGCCCUCCGGCUGCCAAGCCUCAGAGGCUCCCUCAUGCCUGUCCACCAUCUUCCCAGUCUUUCCAUACAAAGCUGUAGACUCUAGAGGGAAAUCCCACUCUCUCUUUGAGGGGCAUUUGAGGGCAGGACUUCUGAUGUGACUCUUCAGGCUUCCUUCUUCAAUGUGGUCUAUAACUUUACUGAUGGUGCAGUGACUUUGAGUGGCUGGGCAUGGGGAGUUGGGGAACGAAUGUCCUGCAAAUUCCCCUUUGCUCUCUGCAGGCUUGUGCAUCUGCAAUCUUUGCUUGCCAACACAUUUUGAAGUUUGCAGACAUAGGCUGAGUAAAUAGCCUCUUCUCAUUCUGUUUAUUUGCAGAUCCAACGCAUCACAACUUAUGUAAGUUAUUCCAUUUGGCAGGGUGACAGGGGCAAGAUUGGCACAAAGAGUCUAAAUUAUGACCUCUUUCUUAGCAAUAACAGUCUCAGGUUGUUAAUUAAAGACAACCAGAUUUAAAGUCUUGAAAAGGGAAGCCACAGCAAAUGGGUGGGUGUUUCUAAGGGGCCAGAUUACUUUUAUCAAGUGGGCUACCUGGAGCCAGAUGCAGCUGCUGGUGCCCAGUUAGUGACCCUUUUCUGACUGGGGUCACUGCAGACAAGGGCAAGAGGUGCCCAUUCUGGGGCCUCCCUGAAUGGAAAAAGGGGCUCUUCUGUGGCUGCUGGGGGGAGGGGGCAUUUGCAUCCUGCCCCCCUCCCUGAACAAGCGCCCUUCAGCACCACCUCUUUGCCCUUUCAGUGAGCAGCAGCAGCAGCACCAAAACAAAGGACUUGCCAGCAGCAGCUGAGAACAAGAAGUCCUCCAUGCUAUUAAGGGACGAGUUGCAUAACAGCUGUUUGGAAGCAGCUCCAUGCCAGGAUUGCAGCAGCCUCUGGAUGGUGCCCAGGGGUGGGGCAGGCGCUCCCCAGCCUGCAGACUAUCCAAGCCCAACCACGGCAGGCACAUGACUCCCUCUGUCCCCUUAAAUCCCCAAGGUGGUUGCAUGGACUGCCACUGUGCCAGGCGUGAAGACCAUUCAGGUCACUUCAUGCACCCACUAGAGCCACAGGGGCCCCAAAUGGCCCCAGCAGGAGGCUCCACAGUGCCAGCAAGGCUGUUUGAAUGCUGGUCCCUGAUCACUCAGCCCUCACACAGAGCAGCACCACUUUCUGCAGAAUGCCCAGGAGGGAUGGCAGCCGGGCAGCUUCACAUUCAGACCAUGCCUGACAUUCCGAGCUAAUGGAUGUUUCAGUGUUCCCUGAGGGAGGUGCAGAAACCUGGUCCUAGAUGCAGGGAGGCAAUGCUGAGGAAGGCACGCCAGGGGCUGCCAUUCCCCUGCCUCUCUCAGAUGGGAACAGAGCUCUGCAAAGGGACACUUUGUGCCAAGAAAGAUAAUUUGCCCAAGAAUGGCUUCCCAGGGCCAAUUUCCAAGCCGCAAGGCGGACGGAAUGCAGGGGGCUGUUAUGUAACCUCUUGAAACAGGACGUGGUCUGCAAGACAAGCCAAGGCUGCAAGCCUGGACCAUGGGAGGGUGCUCCACACUCCCACCUCUGCCUGCCGGCUGCCUCCAGAAUCUUCUUACAUAACAGUGUGGAGCUGAGAACAUUUUUCUGUGUUGUCGUCAAUUUGUUUUGUUCUCUGCUGAGAUGCCCAGCCCUCCCGCCCUCCACUUCCCCCAUUUCUGCUUUCCCUGACGUCAGUCUGGGUCACGCCUCUCUGCGCUCCCCGAAGCCUUGGGGAACCCUGAAAGUACCAGAGCUGGAGGAAGUGGCAGAGCAAGGAAGAAACGCCGCCCUAGGCAGGCGAGAGGCUCUGGGCUGUUCCAUGUACUGCCAGAGUACUUAAUUUGUACCCAGAGAAGCUGCGCAAGGACCCCCUUCUGCAGAAAGAGGGCUCGUGCUCUACCCGAGACCCCUCAUCUCCCCAAAGUUGACUUUCAUUUGAAACUCUUCUUUGGGGCCAGAUGAUGUUCUGAACUGCCAAAACAGCUCCCCACAAAGACCCUUCCACAUGUAUAUUUGACACGACUAGCAUCCCUCUCCUCAUCCGACAGAGGCUACGUCUGCCAGCAGCUCUCCAUUGCAGGGGCUUCUGCAGAUCUUGCCUGGCUGCACUAGACAGCUGUGACAGAAGGACAAGCCUUUUCUGAAUGUGCAGCUGAGACUUUCUGGCUUCCCAGGUCUGAGUCUUCCAGUCUUUGGAUUCCACCUGCUGGCUGGGAACGGCUCAACUGCCUUCCCAAGUCUGCAGGUCGGGCUGGGAGUGGACAGAAUAUACCCUGGCUCCUUGGCUGGGGGCGGAGGGGGGACACCAGGGAGCACCUGGAAGCCACCGUCCUCCUGGGCUGCAGCCUGAUUUGCAGGGAAAGAGUUCCCUCGUGUGGCAAGCAGGCAGUAGCGUCCCCGAGCAGGCCUCCAGCUCCCUGGCUCUGUGCAUGAAGCUGGGGGGUGGGGGUGGGGAGCGGGCAACUGCAUGACACCCAUCGCCUGGGGAGCAGUGGAUUGGCUCUUGUCACUUGGGUGGGCUGUCCCAGUGGGACCUUCCUGUCCAAAGGCUACCUGAGGCUUUCUCCACCACCCAACAGUCUGCCACUAGACAACGUGGCUGAAAGCCGGCUGUCCCCAUUGAGAAUGGCACCUGGCCCGCUUUGGUUCCUGGCCACCUGGCGGAUGACCAAGCCACGGACAGGGUUGGGAGUGCCCAACUUUGAUGGCAGCAGAACAGCUGUGGAGACUCCAUCUUCUCAGUGAGGGGUUGGGAGGAGUUGAUUGCCCCCGCCAGGGAUAUGGCAACAAUGGGGAAAAUGUUGCCGGGAUGCUCUUUGGGGGAUGUGAGGAGGGGGCCAUAGAAAGCACAUGCUUGAUACUUUUAACUCCCAAAUGUGUUGCUUCCGCCCUGGGCUGCUGACAUCCAUCGCCUGUGCAUCAACUGCAGAGAAAGUUGAGGAGGGUCCUCCUGAUCCCCCUCCCCUUCUUGUGGGCCCUGACUUGGCUCCCUCCCUGGCUUUGCAGCUGAUAUCAGCUUGGGGGGCGCGGUGUCAUAGUCAUUCUUAUGAUGCAGGCUCCCCUGCCACACUCUGGCCUGGCUUCAGCCAUGCCCUGGAAGCCCAGGCCAGGCUGGUGGCUGAGUGACUCCUGCUCCUGGCCCCCUCUCCCUCCGGCCAUGGGUAAAGGGAAGGGUCGGCCCGGUGGUCACGGGCAGAGGGGCCUCGGCAGGGCAGCAUGGAACAGUAUGAGCCCAUCUUCAGCAUCGGUCAGGGCUCCAGCGCUGAGGUCUUCCUGAUGAGGAACGCCAGGACGAAGCAGCUCUUUGCAGUCAAGAAGGUCAAGACGGUACCCGGGAAGCGGCUGCGCAGUAAGGAGGCCAUCUUGCAGGAAGUGGCCAUUCUGCGGCAGCUGCAGCACCCCCAUGUGGUGGCUUGCCAUGGCCACUUUCUGGACACCGAGGAGGCGCAUGUUUUCAUCGUGCAGGAGUAUUGCGAUGGGGGUUCCCUUGACCAGCAUAUCCAGAAAGGGGGACCCUUUCCCGAGAGAGUCAUCAUGCGGUGGUUCGUGCAGCUGGCUCUGGCGGUACAGUACAUCCACACCCUGAGGAUCUUGCAUCGGGACAUCAAAGCCUCCAACGUCUUCCUCACUCAGACCUGCAUUCUCAAACUGGGGGAUUUUGGCAUCUCCAAGGUGAUGGAUGGCACCUUGGAACUAGCCAGCACCUUUGUGGGCACGCCCUAUUACCUCAGCCCUGAGCUCUGCAGGGAUCUGCCCUACAGUUCCAAGGCAGACAUCUGGGCCCUGGGCUGUGUCCUCUUUGAGAUGUGCGCCCUGCAGCCGCCCUUUCAGGCAUUCAGCAUGAUCAGCCUCUUCCACAAGAUUGUGAACUCCAGCCCCAGCCCCAUCCCGGCCUGCUACCCGGCCCCCCUGCACGGCCUCAUCCAAAGCAUCCUGCAGAAGGACCCAGAAGCCCGGCCAAGUGCCAGCACCAUUCUCACCUUCCCCUACGUCCAGCAGCACCUCAGCCUUUACUUCCUCCACCGGGACCCUCGGCUACCCUGCCAGUUGCAGCCAGAAGCCGCUCCCAAAGGAGAGGGGGCUCAGCCCAGUCAGUCCGAGGCUGGCACAGCGGGUAUCCCGAGCGGUGCAGCCGAGGCACCCAGCUCUGCCUGGCUCCCCUCUCUGCAGCACAACCAGAACCUUGCAGACAGCCUGAGCUCCUGCAGCAGUGCUUCGCAAUACUCGGCCGACUUUGAAGAAACAAGCACUUCUCUCGGCAGCACCUCAGAUGCAGAUCUCCCUAUCAACACCGAGGCAACCGAAACCUCUUCCGAGGACAACUGGGAGUCCCAAGACUUUGAGGACUCGGAGGAAGCCGCUCUGGCCGAUGCAGUGGACACUCUUGAACGGGCCAUGCAAGACAGCAAGUCCUCUUCAGCCCCUGGGAGCUUGCGGAAGCAGAUAGAUGACAGCGACUUUGGCGCAAGCGACUCCAGCAGCUUCACCUCCAAGGACUCGGAGCAUCUGUUAUGCUCAGAAGACUCUGAGCACACAGAGAUUGGCCGUUCACUGCAAAGUCUAGAUUUGGGACACGGCAAGGGGAACAUCGGAUGCAAUCCAAAGCAAACGUGACUGCAGCCACCCUGAAAAUCAGUGAGGGUGGGAUAUUCUGGUCAACCUUCCCAAGCAAUCAUCUGCAGCCCCCAAGAUCUCACUUCAGAGGUUUUUGCAAUGCAGGACCAGUCUAGUUGUUCUAUUCCCAGAUUCAAAUCCUUGUGCGGCCUGAAUCAAGAUCCUUUUUGUAAAGAGAUUUAUAAAGAACAGCCAGAAAGAGCUCACCUAGCAGAAGUGUAAGACUUGCUAAGGAUAAAACCACCGUAACCAACUGUAGUCUCUUCAGUAAGUGCCUCCUCUUCCUCCAUCUCCAAUGCUUUCAGAAUAUUCCCUUCACAGGCAUACACACACUUUCAUAAAAUCUAGACUGAGCUUCAUCACAUGUCUGGCUGUUUCUUUCAUGAACAGAGAGAACAGAUUAAAAAGGAUCUCCCUCUUGUGGGUGUACGAACAAAAUGCCUUGGGUGAGGCCAGAAAUAUUUGACUGAAAACUCACCUCUGCCAGAAUUGGCCAACCCAAGAGAAAUAUGAACAGCAAAAGGCACCCUGGCCUGAGAACUGAAGCCUCAUGAAAUUCCGUGUCCCCCCCAUGUCAUAAUAUUUUCUCCUGCAGAACACACAAAGGCUCUAGGACAGCCAAGAAGAGAAAAGCCCAGAGAGAAGUACGGAAAAGGUUUAUUUAUCAAACCGGAAAUGAAUCUGGAUUGGGCUCUGCACAGCAUCUCAGGGACUCAGCCGCUGCUCUGUUUAGCCGCUAGCCUCUUGUCUCUCUCUUCAGCAAUCGUGAGGCGGAUUCCCUUCCCGCGAGGCAGGGAGAUCCAAGGCUUGUUACCCU